ACACAUGACGGUAAUUCAUUAACAUUACUGUUACCAGACAUAGACUUAAUAGCUUUCCAAAACUUUCUAGGGUCUGUAACGAUUGUCGUCGGGAGAAGGAGAAGAGGACCAAGGUGCAGCGUGGAAUUCUGUAGAAGCAGCCUUUAUUUUCAGACUCUGCAGGCCUGCUGGGAGGAAACAUAUUACAAUAAACAGAAGAAGCUCAUGAUCCACUAUCUGCUGCUCCAGAGUCGAGGCCAGGUCCCGCCCCAUGUCACCACGGAGCACAUGAGCAACUGGCUGGUGUCUCAGGGCAAAAAAUCCCUUAGGGAGAGGGUGUGGAAGGAAACCCUGGAGGAGGGAAACGACCUCGCUCGGGUGGCCUGGGAAGUAAACACUUGCCUAAAAAUGAUGGACAUAGAGCACGAGGCUUUCUGCAAGCUCCGCCGCUCCAUGCACCCCACCUCGCCAGCUGACAUUGAUCCUAAGGUCCACAGCAUCGUGGAAAGAGCUGUGAGAAGCAUUCUGGGCGAGCAGUCUAAUGAUCCCCGUAGCAACCUGUUCAGCCCAUCUCAGGUGGUGGUGGAGGUGGUGCCCAGGCUCCUCCUGGCCCUGUGGCUGCAGCCAGAGGAAGGACAUUCAGAGCACCCAAUCCUAAUAAGUGGGAUGGCCGUGGGCAUGGUGGCGGCUGUAGUGGAGAAGCUCUCCUGCAUCUUAAAGGACCCUUCCCCUCGCAUCCCUUUCUCCCGGGCUGCUGCUUUUGACUCUGUGCGGUCGAUCCUCGGGAGAAUUAGUCAGUCCUUCUCCACCGAUGACCUGCAGAGCCCUUUUUAUAUGAGCUCUGUCUGUGCCUUUGUGGCGGACGAGGUGCAGAGCUGCUUCCAGCCCCCUGCAGCCACCCUACCAGUCCCCCCUGUCCUCGUGGUGGCUGUUUCCACCACACUACCAGCUGACAUUCAAGCAGACCCGGCUUCUUCUCACCUAGAGGUUGUAGACAUCACCCCUAACACAGAGGCAGAUCAGGCUUCUUCCCACCUGGAGGUUGUGAACAUCACCCCAAAGGCAGAGGCAGACACGGCUUGUUCCCACCUGGAGGUUGUGAACAUCACCCCAAAGGCAGACACGGCUUGUUCCCACCUGGAGGUUGUGGACAUCACCCGUAAGACAGAGGCAGAUCCGGCUUCUUCCCACCUGGAGGUUGUGGACAUCACCCGUAAGAGAGAGGCAGAUCUGGCUUCUUCCCACCUGGAGGUUGUGGACAUCACCCGUAAGAGAGAGGCAGAUCUGGCUUCUUCCCACCUGGAGGUUGUGGACAUCACCCGUAAGACAGAGGCAGAUCCGGCUUCUUCGCACCUGGAGGUUGUAGACAUCACCCCUAAUACAGAGGCAGACCCGGCUUCUUCACAUCUGAAUGUUGUGGACAUCACCUCUAAUACAGAGGCAGACCCGGCUUCUUCGCACCUGAAUGUUGUGGACAUCACCUCUAAUACAGAGGCAGACCCGGCUUCUUCGCACCGGAAUGUUGUGGACAUCACCCCUAAUACAAAGGCAGAGCCCAUCUCUUCCCUCUUGGAGGUUGUGGACGUCACACCUGAAGAAAGGACUCUCACGAUGGCCGUCUUCGCCACUCUGCCAGCUGACAUCCAAGCAGAUGAUGUUGCUGUGGUCAUCCCGGAUGUCACCAAGGACGUGACACUGGAUGUUUCAUGCAGAGCUAGGAAAGGGGCAGUCCGUCGAUUAUUUUGCAGGCUUUGGAGGGCAGUGUGCUGCUGCGCCUGCCACAAGGAAGAGGAGGAACAAUAAUAAUUAUUCAUCAGACCUUCAGAAAAGUGAUUGAACCAU